AUGGAUAAAAAAAAUAAGACCAUAAUCACUGUGAUUUAUCUCUUAGGGUUUCAUAUUCCACACACUGCAACAUUUUUGGUAUUCUUUGUAUUUCUUCUGAUUUAUUGUGUGACAAUAUGUGGAAACCUUCUGAUCAUCUCACUGGUGUCCUACAGCAAAUCCCUCCAUUCCCCCAUGUACUUCUUCCUCACCCAACUGUCUGUAUCUGAUAUAUUAUUAGCAAGUGCUGUUCUUCCUAAUAUGCUCCAUGCUAUUUUGGAGGAAAAUGCUGCCACCAUCUCAUUUUCUAAUUGUAUCACCCAGUUGUAUUUCUUUGCUGUCUCAGAAUGUUCAGAGUGUCUUUUGCUGACAGUGAUGUGUUAUGACAGAUAUUUGGCCAUCUGUAAACCAUUGCAUUAUACUCUGUUAAUGAGUCAUCGGUUUUGCUGGAUAACAGUUAUCACAAGUUGGAGUUUAAGUUUUCUCAUGGCAUCAUUUUAUAAUGUAGUGAUAUCGACAAUACAGUUUUGUGGUCCCAAUAUUAUCGAUCAUUUUUUCUGUGAAUUUGACCCAAUUCUAAAACUGUCCUGCUCCGAUACAACCAUUGUUCAGCUAGUAUUAACAUCAACAACUGUCGUUUUUGGUUUCAUCCCAGUUAUUAUAAUCAUUGUGUCGUAUGUUUAUAUUAUAGUCACCAUUUUUAAAAUCCCGACUAUUACAGGAAGACGGAAAGUUUUCUCAACAUGCAGCUCCCACCUGAUUGUUGUUUCCAUGUUUUAUGGUACCAUUCUGUUUGUGUAUUUGGUACCUAGAAGAGAACAGUCAUUAAACAUUACUAAAUUUGUGUCAUUAUUGUACACUGUAUUUACCCCACUUAUGAAUCCAAUUAUAUACAGCCUGAGGAAUAAGGACUUGAAACAAGUUGUAGGUAGAAUUGGCAACAAUUUUUUGAAGUUGCUUUUCCAUCAUUAUUAA